CCAGGGUCGCACUCUCUAGGUCCCCUGUGCCGUAUCGCCGACGUCGUCAUCUCCAGGGUCGCACUGUCCAGGUCCCCUGUGCCGUAUCGCUGACGUCGUCAUCUCCAGGGUCGCACUCUCUAGGUGCCCUGUGCUACAUACAUCGCCGCCGUCAUCCCCUACGACGCUCUGAGUCCCAGGAGCCGCCACCAUCCCCGACGAGAAUUGCCACCACUUCGAUAACCCAUACCCAUAUUUUGUUUUGUAUUGUUUGCUUAUUAUCAAUAAACCGCUGAGCUACCACAAACUGGCGCCCAACUUAGUGGCUCGAAGGAGGCAACAUUCUACAAAUCUAUCGCCCAACUUAGUGGGGCUCGAGGUAGGCAAAAUACCACAAAACUGUCUACCAACGUCGCGGCUCGAAGAAGGCAAGAUUCCACGGCAAAAAAAAAAAGAACGGCAUCACUCCCAGUCCGAAGAAGUCCUCGUAACUCCACAAUGGCGGCUAUACAGAUGACACCAGAGCAGUUCCAGCAGCUCUUGGAUAGGGUACAAGUUGUCCCACAACCGCAAGUGGUCAGGAACCGCCACUUUACCCACUGCCAGGCCCGUUUUGACGGAAAGCGCGCCCACGCUGCUGUAACGGAAUUUAUUACGGCUGCGAGUUUAUACAAGGAUAUGGAAAAUAUCACGGACGAGGACGCCAUAGCCGGCUUACCCCUACUAUUGACUGGAGAAGCCAAUCAAUGGUGGAAUGGCGUGAAAAAUCAGAUUCACACAUGGAGAGAAGCGACGGAACUUCUACGAGAAGCUUUUGCCCCCAGACGACCUAACCAUCGCCUUUUUUUGGACAUUUUUAAUAAUCCCCAGGACGAAAAGACGCCAACCGAUAAGUUCAUAACCGUCCAACGAGAACGACUGGCACAAAUGACGAGAGACUUGGACGAGGAAUGGCAGUUAGACAUAAUCUACGGUCUGCUGAGAUACCAUAUUCGGGAUAAAAUCGCCAGGUCCGACUGCAGGUCCUUCGCCGAACUUCUCGAUAAGUCCCGAAUCGUUGAGGAGAACGAGCGAGAAACGAGAGUUAGAAACCACGCACCAGAAACCCCAGAAAAUGGCCAAACAUUCCGACGGCAAGAAUUCCCAAGAAUCGACCGAAGACCACGGCCCAGGUGCGAUUUCUGUAAGAACUUUGGCCACGAGACACAAGAAUGCAGGAGAAAAACACAGGAUCAGCGACGACCGGCCAAUGACCAAGAGAUCAUUAGAUGUUACGGAUGCCAACGUCCCGGCGUUUUCCGCCGGAACUGUCCAAACUGCAAUUCAGAGACACGACGGACAAACCUCUGUGCAGCGAGGAUAAAUUCUAGAGCGCAACCCACCAUAGAUCGCUCACAAGAAAUCCUCCGAGAUAUGCAGGUACCGCCACUCACCGUACCGAUGCAAAUCGAUGACAUCCGGACCUUCUCCGCACCAUCACCAGCCCGAGAUUUUUCCCCGAUGGAAUACAUGGGGGCUGACGCCCACUCCGCCAUUGGGAAUGAGAAAUUCCCCGAAAUUCCGCGCAUCACGUUCUCCUCUUUGCAACUUCCAGCAGAGAAAGGACGGACCUUCCGCAAAGAAAAGAAGUCCCGGCGUAAAGGGCGGAGGAAGAUGAGGAAACCCUUUGUGCUAACGACAGAUAGCAGCUACGUACGAGGAGUAGCUCCACUCCAGGGGGAGGCCACCAACGAACUCCCUGUAAAAUACGGUAGCCGCUUGUUCACGAGCGCCGAAAGGAAAUACACCGUCCAGUCGCGAAGACCCGCACACGAGUACCAACCCCGAGAUCAAGUACUGGUAGUAACCCAUCCACGAAUCAACGCUCGAAAAGGAGUCAGCGCCCAAAUUGCUCCUAAACGCGAGAGGCCUUACAUUAGGCGCCCACAAGGACCUACGAGUUAUAAGGUAUACGACGCACAGCAUCCCCAAGCAUCCCUAGGUUUCUACCAUACUCCGUUUCACGGGAGCACUACACCUACGCCAGCGCCAGUGGCCCCGCUACGAAAACGAGGCCGCCUCAGAAAGCAAGUUCAGGACCAUAGUCGGGACGCCUUAAUGGUCCUGAGGGGGAGAUUGUAG